AUGUUCUAUCCAGAAACCAAUCACCGCGGACUAAAGCAACGUCCGUGUAUUUUCGUUGCGUGUAUCACCACUCGAAUAAGAACUGACUGGACUAAACAUUACUCCAUCCCAUUCCGAGUCACGAACCCUGCAAUCAUGCAGGCCUUUCAGUUUUCGAGGAUGGCCAUGCCGACCUUGACUUCUAGAAUAACACACAAUAUCCGGCCACAAAUACGCACCACAUCGUGGCUCCUCUCCUCAACCUCACCAUCCCGAACAUACAGCUCCCUCUUCUCCUCGAUCUCAACCACACGACCCGUCCUACCAUGCAAUAAUACCAGAACUGCAAUGGCAUUGAACCCCAUGACACCACUCCUCAACCAGAUCCGCUCCUUUUCGGCAUCUGCUUGCCUCGCUGGUAAGCGUGCUACGUACCGCCCCUCGCGACUUGUGCAGAAGCGUCGACAUGGGUUUUUGGCUAGAUUGAGGACUCGAACGGGACGGAAGAUUAUUAUGAGGCGGCGACUUAAGGGGAGGAAGGAUUUGAGUUGGUAA